AUGAUCUUCAGAGUUAGUGAUCAGCGUGUGAAGGCGCUGCCCUCGAUUCCUAGGACAUCGUGGGCGGGAAAUCACGAUGAAGCAAAGCCUGCGAGUCUACUUUUAAAUCGGUGGAUUUGCUCAUUGGACUGUCUCCCCGUCAUCCCUCGACUUUCCGUUCUGGUAUUCUCGAAGAUCGCUGCUAAGGUUGCGAGCUUCCUUGGUCAUUCCAGUGUCGCCUGUCUUAGUCUGGCGAAUGGCAUCGUCGCCCAUGACACCAUCUCUCGCGAUUUGAGCGGUCCCGGCGAAACCUACUAUACCGAAGAUAAUACGCCAAUGAAUUACGAUGUGGAGGGAUUCUUCAACACGACUGUGACUCGGAACUACCUUGGACGACUUCAGGUGCCCUAUGGGCGCCGCAACCCUGCUCCUGCGCACGAAGAUUACGUGACCUUGAACACAGGGCAAAAGACUGAAUAUCCUCCAGGCCAGCUCUAG